CAGUCCACAAGGGGGCUUCGCACUGGCCUUCUGCUUCAGAUUUGUUAACAUUAAUUAUACACAACUGCGCCUCGCAUAUGUUUGUGUUACUUACGCGAAGGUUAGAGCUUCAAUUUUUGCUAAAGUUACGCUAACUGCGAUAUGACGGCUUUUUCAUCCGUUUAGCCGUGACGCCGUGUGACCCAGCUUUAGUAGGCGUAAGCGGCCAUUUUAUCAUCGGGGUGUUUUCCUUUUUCGCGGAAAGUUGGUCACCACCGACUCAUCGCGGCCGAAAUGACAUAACGAUAAGGUGCACGCGUUAGCAUGAGUUUUUAGUUGCGUGACAGCCACUGCCAGUGCCAUGCCUCCACCACCACCACCUCCCCCGCCCCUGAUGGGGGGACUGGGACCGCCAAAGCUUGGGAACACGGCAGCCACACCGGACCGGUCUGCCCUGCUGUCACAGAUUCGUGGCGGUGCUACAUUAAAGAAAGCGGUUACCAAUGAUCGCAGUGCACCUAUAAUUGAUGGUGCCAAAAAAGGAGGUUCAUCGUCAUCAUCAUCAAAUGGCUCUGGAAAGCUGGGUGCCCCUCCCGGGUUGGCAGGGCUUUUUGCAGGAGGCAUGCCGAGGUUACGACCUACAGGAAAUGUAUCAUCUGGGACAGGACAGCUAUUUGCUUCAGGGACCAGUGCACAUUCUUCCGGUCCUCGACAAGGCUUUUCUUCUAGUCCUGCUGUGGGUGGCUCGCACAAGCCCGCUGCCCAGCCGCCGCUGCCCAGUGAAACGCCACCAGUGCGCCGUGCGGCCCCCUCUCCCUUCCCCGCCGACGUGAGCCCUCGCGGCCCACCUCCCGCCCCUCCCCCGUCGAGCCACAAACCCAACCUGAAUGCCGUGGCCCCUGCAGUAGACUCCGCCCCGGCGGCUGGCCGCAGCAGGACGGGCCCUCCGCUCCCGAGCAAACCCCCGGGGGUGACAAGGUCCGCCUCCCAGUCGAGCCUCGGGGGAGGAGCCAAGCAGCGACCGCUGCGUGCACCCGCCGUCAAGCCCCCACCACCACCCAAGAGCCCCGCGGUGGUCACCACGGCAGUGAGCGUCGCAGCUUCCAAGUUUGGCACCAUGGGACCAUCUCAUCACAGCAACCGGUUGGCAGUACCUGGUGCCGCCCCUCCUUUGGCCCGUAGGCAGAGCUUCGGUGCUCCGGACUCGCGGGAUGGUGAGGCUCCGGUGCCCCAGCUCAAGCCAACGGGUCCUCCACCCCCUCCGCGCAAUGUCAGCGUGCCUAGCAACCUUCACCAGGCGCACAAGGCCCGUGCGGUCCCUCCCGCACCCCCUGCGCGUGGCCAGGCGCCCUCUGGGCGCCCACCGCCUCCGCCAAGGGGACGAGAGCCGCCUCCGCUGCCAACCAGCGCGCCUCCUCCCUUGCCCAGCACUGGGCCCCCUCCCUUGCCGACCAGCGCUCCGCCUCCUCUGCCUACUACUGCACCACCUCAGCUGCCCCAAAGGGGUGCCCCUCCCCAGCCACCUCACCAGACUGCGAAGCCCACCGCCUUGGUGGCCCCCACGAGGCCGUCACCCACACCCCCGCAGAGAAGCUCCUCGGUCAGGAACCCUGCCUCGGCCUCCUCUUCAGCAUUUGAAAGCCGCUUCAGGUUUAAUCCCAUUGACCAGAUGCCCGCACCUCACUAUGUUGCAACAAAGGAUAAAAGGUACCCUAGUAAAGCUGCGCAGAAGCAGAACCAUCAACGCCAGGCUCCCCUGCCCCCAAUGUCGCUGCACGCGAGUGGUUUUGUGGCCCACCAGACACCUGUCUGACCGCAGGCCAGGGGCCCCGGCGGGCACAGUGCGAGUCACAAACACCCAGACACCCUCCUUCACCUCUCGGGGGUUCGGGAAGCUCGACGUUACGUUGGUCCCGCUCUGUUGGACGCCGCAAGGACGGGGUACUGCAAGGAUGUCAAAGAACAAACGCACCCUGUAGCAGACAGUGCACACUGCUGGAAUUGCCACUUUUUGUUGUGACACCGUUUCUUCCUCCCCCCCGUUCUUGUGAA